GAAUUGCCCUUACAUAUCUGGAUACGUAUCCUGCCAUAUCGAACACGUAUCAGGUUGUUUCCCGGGGUAUCCCGCUGUAUCAGAGAACAUAUUAUUAUUUUACAAGACACCGGCUACACGCGGCCGGAAACAAAAAAAUACGGCUUUAUAAGGCCCGAUACGCGUCCGGAUACGUAUCCGUAAAUAAUCUGAUAUGUGGGGGCAAUUCAGAUUUUUCAUGAUGGUUUUAGCAUCCUCUCGGCAGAAAUAUAAAACGCGCGCAACUACUUGAGGAGCUCUCUCAGCCGCAAUGGCAGCAGAGAAGGCUGAAGACGUGGCGAUUCCGGCGGCAGCUCCGCGUGGCCGUUACGUCAACAAGAGGGCUCUUAAGAACAAGGCCGUCGCCGUCACCUUCAACGAGAAAAGUCUCAGUGACUUUGUGUCUGGGUUUCACAAGAGGAAGAAGAAGAGAAGAAAGGAGGCUGAGAAGAAGCAAGGGGAGGCUCUCAGGCGUAAGCUUCUUGAGCUCCGCAAAAAGAGGAGACUAGAAAAGGAAUUGGCUCUCUUUGGUGGAGCUCCCCCUGCUGCUGAGGGAGAAGCUGAUGAGAAUGAUGAGGGAGAUGCGAGCCAGGAGGAAGAUGAAGAAAGUGAGCCAGAUGCACUGAUUUCUGGUACAACAACUUAUGACAAUGGUGACAUAAAAGUCACAGUGACAACAAGCGAGAUCUCUCAAGAAGAGGAAAUCCAUCCAGUUAAGAAGACAGAGGCUGUAGUGCCAGAAACAGUUGGAGCUAAUAAAAAGAACAAUGUUCCUGUUACCAAAAAGAAACCUUUCAAAAAAGUUGGAAAACGCAAAUCAGGGCCAAAGAUGCAAAAGAAAAGAGAUAAGAGGAAGGGAAAGGAAAAAGGCUCGAAGAGGCGCUAGCUACUCUUACCCUUAUCCAGUUCUUUGGAGUUUUUGGAUCUACCAUGUGUCCUUGCUUUGGAGAUAUAUGAAGUACAUGAUUUCAGCUGACCAGAACUUUCAUUUGGAUUUCGUUCGGGUUUAACUUUGAACAAUUUGUGAGCAGGUGGAAGUGGCAUUUGAUCGAAUUAAGAUCAUGCUUUCGACUGUAUACUAAAGUUUUCUGUACAAGACUUUUGAAUGAAAUCGUUUCAGUUUUGCAUUGUU